AUGUCCCUCCAUAGCUUCUUUUUCUUUAAUAUAAUUACCAAGCAAGCGGGUACGAAAAGAGAAACACAAGUGUGCCAAUCGAUAUCGUCUGUAAAUCGUACGUAUUUUCUUUCUUUCCUACUAUCUGUUUCCAUCUCUUUUUCUUCCAACCUCUCUCUUUUCACCUUUGUCUUUCCAAUUCACAGUCUUUCCAACUCUCUGUCUUUCCACAUAUGUCCUUCCACCUCUCUCUUUCUACUUCUCUGUCUUUCAACCUCUCGAUUUCCACUUCUCUCUUUCCACUUCUCUUUCUUUCCAGCUCUCUCCACCUCUCUCUUCCCACCUUUCUCUUUCCACUUCUCUCUCUUCCCACCUCUUUCUACCUCUCUCUUUCCAACUGUGUAUUUCCACCUCUGUCUUUUUACCUCUCUGUCUUUCUACCUCUCUCUUUCCACUUAUCUCUUUCCAUUUCUCUCUCUUUCCACCUUUUUCUACCUCUCUCUUUCUAACUCUGUAUUUCCACCUAUCUCUUUCCACCACUUUCUUUCCACCCUCUCUUUCCACUUCUCUCUCUUUCCACCUCUCUCUCUAUCUUUCCAACUCUUUCCAUCUCUGUCUUUUCACCUCUCUGUCUUUCCAUAUCUGUCCUUCUACCUUUGUCUUUCCUCAUCUCUCUUUCCACCUCUCUCUUUACACUUCUCUCUCUUUCCACCUCUUUCUUCCUGUCUCUUUCCACCUCUGUCUUUCAACCUCUGUCUUUUCACCUCUCUGUCUAUCCACAUCUGUCCUUCCACCUCUCUCUUUCCACUUCUCUCUCUUUCCACCUAUCUUUCCAGCUUAGUCUUUUCACCUCUCUGUCUUUCCAUAUCUGUCCUUCUACCUUUGUUUUUCCACAUCUCUCUUUCUACCUCUCUCUUUCCAGUUCUCUGA